GGGGAUAGAACAAGCAAAGAAAGUGAUGGAGUCUCUCCACUCGUUUGUAAGCCAGCGACAGCAAGGUCUUCUCCCACGUAACGUCUUCUCUAGAGCCGUCAGAGAUUCCUUGUAUCUGGUGAAGAGACUGACAAAUACUAGAGUACUGGAGGGACAUAACGGAUGUGUUAACUCUGUGUCCUGGAAUGAGACUGGGACCAGGCUGAUAUCAGGAUCUGAUGACUGCCACAUCAAUAUCUAUGACAUGGCCACUGGACUGACGUGUCACUCAUUUCACACAAGUCACCAGUCCAACAUCUUCAGUGCCAAGUUCCUCCCACAGACUGGAGACUGUAAGGCAGUGUCGUGUGCAGGGAUAGGUUCAGUGGAGGUGUCAGAGCUGAGUCCGUACGGAGACUAUGUGGCCCACCAGUUCAAGUGUCAGUCCUCCAUCACCUACCAGGUGGCCACUAGUCCAGGCUGUCCUCACGAGUUCUUCACAUGUGAGGAGUUGGGAAUGGUCAGAUUGUACGACCUUCGGACCUCCAGCUCCUGCCACUGUGACGGCAACUGCAACCGAAGUAUGCUGUGUAGGUUCCCCAGUGCGGUGACGUCCAUGUCGGUCCAUCCUCUAGAGCCUCACUAUGUAGUGGUUGGACUCGGAGAUGGGACACUUCGCCUUCUCGACAGGCGGCGCAGCGACACCUGGCAGGACCCGGCACCCGACUCACCGCUCCAGGUCCUCCAUGCCUCCUCUGCCCCUGUCAAGUACCGCCCGGCUGCCAUCCGCGACCAGAAACUAAAAAUCACUUCCGUCAACUUUAACGCCGACGGGAGCCAGAUCGUGGCGAGCUACAGCGAAGACUACGUGUACCUCUUCAAUUCUGGGAUUCGCGGCAGUUCAAACUUUGGUCUUGCCCCACCGCAAAUUUCGCGACCGCAAUACCUCUCGCAGUUUGAGCGCUACCCUGGACGUGGGCAAAAGAGACAUUGUACAAAGUCGCAGCAAAGAGACAGUUGCGAUAAUACUGACUCCCCUCCACUACACUACAAUGUAGCUUCAUCGUCAGAGGGUGCGGUUGGCGGUCGAAGAAGGGUGGCCCCUGGUCAUAAGCGGAUUAGAUUACGUGGGGACUGGUCUGAUACUGGACCGGAAGCGAGACCAGAGGACCAGGUGUCGGAGGAACCUGAGGAGGGUGAAGGAGGAGGAGGGGGGAGAGGGAGUCUCAUGAACAGAAUGUCGAGACUGUUUGAGCGGUGGGUGGACAUGGCCCUCGACUCCGUGAGCGGUGACGAGGGAGAGGGUGAAGUGGAGGGGGAGGGGAAUGGGGAGGGGAGGGAUGAGGGAGAGAGCAGCGAGGUGGAGGAGAUGGACAGACGUGAAAACAAUCCUGAUCUCGACGAGCAAUCUCCAGAAUCAUGGACACUGAACGAACCGGACGGUGAAAGAGUUGCUGAUGAAGAGAGUGUGCUGCUGGAGACUCCCAGUAAUAAUCACGGAGAGAGUGACAGAGACUCUGGUGUCGUGGAUCAGGCGAAUCCACACCACGACUUGCGGCUGGCCCAAGACGCGGUGGAGGUUGCGAUGGUGAAUGUUGUAACGGAGGCCGUCCACCAAGCCAUGGGCGACUCUCUGUCUUUGAGCCCGGGGGAAGAGACACAAGACGUUCAGAACUCAGCCGUCAGUCAAGGCACUGUUGAAGUAGCUACAGCCAGCGAAAGUAAUCGUCCAGUGGGCAACCACACUGAUGCACACCGUUCAGAGAACGCAGCCACUGACACAACAAGAACUAGUGAGACAGGAGCCUCACUGUAUUAUUCAGUAGAGCUCAACCCCCUGCCAGAUGAUGCAUUAGUUUCUCCCAUCAACCAUUCCGUCCCUACAAGUCCCCUUCUGGAGAAUGUGCGAGAAACUUCCCCUAGUGGUUCUCCGUCGUCUGUGCGUGGACGUAGGUCACGUGACAGGUCACCUGACCACAGCUAUCAGAGGUCAAGGUUCAGAGCUCAGCGGAGACGAGGGGAGAGGUCGAGGGGUGUGGCUGGCAGGGGAAGUGAAGUUGGGGAGAAGGGGGAGAGGGAGGGGGAGGAGGACACAGGGGGAAGGAGGUUCAAACCAUUUCGUGAGUCCUACCCGCAACUGCAGCCAUUCAUGGUGUACAAGGGCCACAGAAACUCUCGUACUAUGAUCAAGCAGGCCAACUUCUUUGGAGACAACUGGGUGAUGAGUGGGAGUGACUGCGGCCGAGUGUUUGUGUGGGACAAGUGGACUGGAGAGGUGGUCAACAUGUUUACCGCCGACACCUACGUGGUCAACUGCGUACAGCCCCACCCUUCUGCCUACCUGAUAGCCACCAGUGGGAUUGACUACAAUGUAAAGCUAUGGGAGCCAGUGGCAGAUCAGGAGGCAUCUCUCUCUGACCUCGACGAGGUGGUGAGAAGGAACGAGCAGAUGUUGCAGGAGAGUCGAAACACCAUCACAAUCCCGUCCUCCUUCCUCCUCAGAAUACUGGCCUACCUCAAUCGCAGUGGCAGAAGUGAGCAUGGAUUUUUUCCUAGGGCUCGCACUCUCCUUGUGCACAGCAUUGGUGUAACAUGAGUAAAUUGUGCCCAUGGAGUAAGGGAGACUUUGAACGUGGCUAGUUUUUCCCAGUGUGCGUAAUAGGUAGCGCCACUGUUUGAUAUUUCACGAAAUCGGCACUCUUAUAAGUUUUAGAGGAAUUUUCCUGCACACUAAUAUUGGUUACCACACACCUACAGUUCUUUUUCGUGUUCCCUGUGAAAACUUUACGCUAAAAUUUGACACAAUAUGUAGCACACAAUGCAUGGGUGUGUGUGUGUGUUUAUUUUAGCACUGUAACAGCAUUUAUGUAUCUUUCUUGACCUUUCCCCGGUUGUGUUAUCUGAAAUAGUCCCCCUUUUUGCUCAAUUUCUCUAUAACUAUAGUGAGAUCAGCGCAUCAAGAACAGCAAGCAAGUGAACCUCCCUAAUUGUGUUUUACAUUGUACAUCACACAGAGCCAUAAUAUUGUAUUCAUGAUUGGUUUUUGCACAUGUGUAUAUACAAUUAUACACCAUAAAACUUGAAGUGUUGGCAGCCAUACAUUGUUGGCUAGUUGCUGUGUGAUACCAUAUGAGUGAUAAUUUUGUCAUCUGGACACUUCAGAGCUUACUCUCCAAGUCAUUCAGGACCAUCUGCACUAUACAAUGGAACCUCUGAUAAGAGACCCUCUGAGAUAGGGACGACCUCUCUACAAAGGACAUUCGUUAAUUUUGUUUCAACCCUUCCGUAUACUUUAGUCUGACAUGUAUAAUCCCUUG